GAGGAGGAGAAUCUACGCUCCCAGGUCAGGGACCUGGAGGAGAAAUUGGAGACUCUGAAGAUCAAGCGAAAUGAAGACAAAGCAAAGCUUAAAGAGCUGGAGAAGUACAAGAUCCAGCUGGAGCAGGUGCAGGAGUGGAAGAGCAAAAUGCAAGAGCAGCAGGCUGACCUCCAGAGGCGUCUGAAGGAGGCCAGGAAGGAAGCCAAAGACGCCUUGGAGGCCAAGGAGAGGUACAUGGAGGAGAUGGCAGACACGGCUGAUGCCAUCGAGAUGGCCACGCUGGACAAGGAGAUGGCCGAGGAGCGCGCGGAGUCCCUGCAGCAGGAGGUGGACUCCCUGAAGGAGAAGGUGGAAUACCUCACCAUGGACCUGGAGAUCCUGAAGCACGAGAUCGAGGAGAAAGGCUCGGACGGAGCAGCCUCCAGCUACCAGGUGAAGCAGCUGGAGGAGCAGAACGCCAGGCUCAAGGAAGCUCUUGUGAGGAUGCGGGACCUGUCUGCCUCCGAGAAGCAGGAGCACGUGAAGCUGCAAAAGCAGAUGGAGAAGAAGAACACGGAGCUGGAGUCGCUGCGCCAGCAGAGGGAGAAGCUCCAGGAGGAGGUGAAGCAGGCGGAGAAGACGGUGGAUGAGCUGAAGGAGCAG